AGAAAAAGUAAAACUCGUUCGUUAUCGUGGCAAGGCUGAGAAAGUCGGACGAAAGCCUUCAUUUGCUCUCUUUCUCGGAUCUAUUAUCCGUGGCCGGUGGGGUAGGAGGUUUGGAGUUUGGACUUCCAAGAAUCCCUUCAUUCGUAUUCAUUAUCGUCUAACAAGACACUCUCCCUCCCUCGAGAAACAUGAGUAAAGGUCCGGGACUGUUCUCCGACAUCGGCAAGAAAGCCAAAGAUCUGCUCACCAAGGACUUCAGCUGUGAUCAGAAAUUCACCGUCGCGACCUUCUCCGCAAACGGAUUGGCCCUUACAUCAACUGCAGUGAAAAAGGGUGGACUGUCUACAGGGGAUGUGGCCACACAAUUUAAAUACAAGAAUGCUCUCAUUGAUAUAAAAUUUGACACAGAAUCAAAUGUUUCAACAACCAUUACUUUCGCAGAGAUUCUGCCAUCCACGAAGACCAUUACUUCAUUCAAACUGCCUGAUUACAACUCAGGAAAGCUUGAGGUGCAGUACUUCCAUGAGCAUGCAACCUUUACUACAGCUGUUGCCCCGAACCAGUCCCUAAUAAUUGAUCUUUCAGCCACUGUUGGCACUCCUACCUUCGCUUUUGGUGCAGAGGCAGGUUAUGAGGCUAAGUCGGGUAGUUUUACCAAGUAUAAUGCAGGCUUUAGCGUGACACAGCCUGACUCCAAUUUUUCAAUGAUUUUGUCUGACAAGGGAGACACACUGAAGGCAUCAUACGUUUACCAUCUGGAUCAGAUGAAGCGGAGUGCUGGGGUGGCAGAUAUCACCCGAAGGUUUUCCCUGAACGAGAACACAUUCACUGUUGGAGGAUCAUAUGCUGUUGAUCCUCAGACAGUCAUAAAGGCAAGGCUCAAUAACCAUGGGAAACUUGGGGCCCUCCUUCAGCAUGAGCUCAAACCCAAGUCGGUCCUUUCAGUCUCUGGUGAGUUUGAUACCAAGACUUUGGACAAUAAUCCUAGGUUUGGGUUGUCCCUUGCUCUGAAGCCUUGAGUGGCCUGUUGAUUUGUUCUGAUGGUAUUCUCAAUGCUUCUUGAUUUUGUUAGUGCCUUAGUGCUUGUUUGGAAGGGAUAGGGGAAUAAAUAGUUGCAAAUAUAAAUUCUAUUUUUCUCCCGAUGUUUCCACUGGCUGUGGAUUUAUCAAUCGGAUGCUUUGGCCCUAUUUCUGUUUUAUAUUUUUAAAGCAGUCAGUUUUGAUAUGGAUUCAUCUGUAAAAUCAUUUUUAUCUUUUUGGUUGUCUUUUAUUUUGAUACCAUUGCCAUCAGGACCUUAAUUCAAUUGAAUAUUUCACCAGCCCAUCCAAAAUUAUUGGAGGCAGGUUGAUCAGGCCUGAUUAGACAAUUUUAUUCAGUCUGUUAUUUAUGCCUGCAUUUGAAACUAUACGAGAUUUAUCUAAACUAUCUUAAUAUGUA